AGAUGACUGAGUUAUUCCACCAAAGUAAAAAUUCACCGAGCAAGCAACUUGCCAUCGCCAGAGGAAAAAAAGGUGUUGGUUCAUUCCCGCAGGCAGGCUAGGUACCUAAUUAAAAACCUGAAAUGGGAAGGUAAGGUAGGAAGGUGUAAAUCACUCCGUGAGGGGAAGAAAGAAAAUCAACUGAACUAUCCGAUUCAUUUGCAC